UUUGUUUUCCUGAAUUUGUCUAGAGCGAUUAUUUAGAAGCGAUUUUCGUUUCUAACACUUCUAACAGCUUACCCACCAUCUAAGUCAGACUCACUCACUGAUCUGUAGUUACCAGACUUCUCCUUACGUACCUUCUUAAACAAAAGUUCAACAUUAACCACUCUCCAGUCACUGGGCACCUCACCAGUAGAUAUAAAUGAUACAAAUAUUCCAGCAAUUGCUCUGCAAUUUCCUCGGGAACUUCCCACAAGUCCUAGAAUACACUUGAUCAAUUCCUAGAAAUUUAUCCACCAUAAUAUUUUCUAAGACCUUCAGCACUUCCACAAAUGAUGGCACAUCCCUGUCAUUGCCCUCACGUGUUUCUGAGGGCUGGAGUGGGAGUCUGGACGGUAACAAUAGUGGAGUUUCAGCAGACAGCCUUGCAGCAGGAACAGACCCGGUUCAGCUGCCUCCAGUGGCGGUCUUUCGGUUGGAGUUUCGUUGGGGGUUUCCAGGGUAACCAGAGGCUGGGCCUAGCUGUGCCUUCUCGCCGUCGCUGUGAUCUUCGCUCUGAUAGACUGGGCAGUUUGGACAAGGGGAUGUACACAAAUCCGUUGUCUUUUAACGAUUUUUUUUCUCCCCCCAAAUGACUGUUCACCAUUUUUAAUUUCUAAAACGCGGAUCGAAGACUGCCGCAUCCCACCAUUGUCGAAACUGUUUUGAAAUCUGCUCUGUUUACGAACCUUUUCCAGAAUAAGGUUGAUCAGCGGUGAGCUGAGUGUAAAUGAAAUGAGGCCUUUGCUAUUGGAUGUCAUCCGUCAUCUCACGGUCUGCGUUCCCUGCUCUACCAUCUCGGAUUUUGCUUUUCUGUUCUUCAGUGCGACGGAUUUAAAAUACAUGCCGAGCGUGUAGAUGACAACUGAUACUGGAAACAUGUCACGUUUACCAAUACCACCUAUACAUGUUGGUGCUACAGCACCUGAAUCAUUUACUGUGCUGCAACAUCGGAUCAUUGCAGCUGAGGAGCAGACAGAGGCAUUAAUUCAACAGUUAGAUGACCUUGGAUUUGGUGUUGAGGACACAGAGGCAUCCAAGAUUGGUGAAUUUAACAGUCACAGGCCUGUAAGUCCCUUCCAUGUCAGAAAAGCAUUUGGAACUGAAAAUGAUGUACUCUGGAAAAACUAUGAAUCUCUAGUGAGUCGUGUCUGCCGGUUAGAAAGUAUUAUACAAACAAUGAAGUUGAAUGUAUUUCGAGUACAGACAGCAAAAGAACUGAACUCAGAGAAUUCAGUCAAUCGACUAGCUGCAAUGGAGGCAGAACAUGUUCAAGAGCUAAAGAAAAUGCAGUGGGAGAUAAUGCACUUCCGACAGCAGCUGAGUGAAGUUAGUGAAGAAAAGGAGGCUGCUCAGGAAGAAAUAGAAAGGUUGAGUACUGCUCUUGAGAUGGCCACAGCAAGUAAGACAGAUGUGGCAGUGGCAGCAGAAGAAUUACGAGUCAAAAAAGGCAGAAUUAGUCGAAGAUUGCAAGAGAUGCAAAAGGAAUUGGUCCAGGAAGAGAGCCUCCGCAAAGCUCUGGAAGAAUCCCAUACUCAUUUGCUGAAGCGUAUUCAGGAUAUGGAAAAUGCAGUGGAGGUCGAAAGAACACAGGUCAAGGUCCUGCACCAGGACAUUGUCACACUCAGAAAUGAUGGGGAGAAAACUAUGGAGAGACUGCAGCUUGAGCAGCAAAAAACAAGUGAUUUGGAGAAGAUGAACAAACAGCUAAGAAUGGAAUCAGAUACGAAAGAAUCCAUUAUAUCUCAGAUGGCUGAUGAAGGCAAAAAAAUACGACAGAUGUUAAGCAAACAACAAGAGGAAAAAUUAAAACUUCAGAGUGAGAUUUUAUCGUUGAAGGAAGUGGCAGAAAAAGUGCAGGCUUUGAAUGACCAGCUAAAUACACAAUGCACUGAACUAAGUGGCGCACUACGCUCUAUUUCUAUGGAGAAUGCUAAACUUAUAGCAGAACAUGAAGCAUCCCUAAAGGCUGAGCAGGAAAAAAUGAAAGCGAAGUUGCAAGAACAAGAUCUUUUACUGGAUGCAGCAAGAGCAGCUAUAUCAGCAGAACUGCAAAGUGCAGUGAAUGAGAAGCAACAACUAAAAACUGAGUUAGGAGUGCUAAGAUUGGAGCAUACCGAGAUAAAGCAGAAAUUUGAAACAGUGGAGGAAAAGGCAACAGUACAGAAGUUGCUUUUUGAGUCUGCAAUUGCCCAACUGAAAGAGGACUUAAAGGCUACUGUUAAAGAAUGUGAAUGUAUUAAACAAGGAAAGGAAACUCUCCUGGACCAGACAAAUAAAACCAUUGAUAAAAUUACAGGGGAGAAGAAUAAAUUUGAGAAACAACUGACUGAAAAGCAGCUUGAGUUGAGUGCAUUGACUGCUGCCUUGGAGAAACAGGAGAAAGAAAAAGAACAGCUUUUAAAGCAACUAGCAGCUCUAGAACAUCAGCAGCAUGCACAGGAGCAGAUCGAGCAUGCCCUUGCUGAAAUAACAGAGAGUAAAAACAAGUUGGCUUAUGACAAGGGAAGGCUACAGGCCAGAGUGGAGCAAUUACAAGAAGAAUUGCAGUGCAUGUCUGAUGUCAAUUCUGCAAAUGUUCACUUACGGAAAUUUAACACAGUUCUAGAAACCAAAUAUACUCAGGCUCAGUUGUUAAUGAAACAAAAAGAGGAAGAUUUUGCAAUGGCAAUUAAAUCUCGUGAUGAAGCCUUUCAAGAAAUCCAAAAGUUAAGAAAAUAUAUAGAGGUGAUGGAAGUAAGAGAAACACACAAGAUUGUAAAACUUCAGGAAAGUUUAACAGAUUCUAAGCAAGAUAAUAGUCAAAUGACAGUGACUUUAGAAAAUGUACUGGCAUCACACAUAAAACUCCAACAGACAGUGGAGAAUCUACAAGUAGGACUUGGACAAAGAGAACCAGAGAUAAGUUACUUGCAACGGGACAAGGGACAAGAAUUCAAGGAUGCCAAAAUUGAAUCAAAGAUGUUCACUGAACGGAUCGAAGCCCUAAAAAAACAGUUCCAAAGUGAGAGAGAGAUUGAGAUGAAGGCCAGCCAGAAAGAAAUAAUGGAACUUAAAAAAUGUCUAAGUGAUGCCACAUCCAAGACUGCAGAAGUGUCACGAGCCAAUAGAGAAUUGCGACUGAAAGUUUCUGAAUUUGAGAAAACAAUAAAAAGUCAGAAAACAAAGAUAAAAGAUCAAAAGAUUCAACUAAAACAUCAUCUGGAGACCAGAACAACCUAUGCACAAAAUACAGAAAGAAUGAAGGAACUUGAAGCCGACUUAAAACAGAUGGAGGGAAUAAAAGAACUGUAUCAGAAAAAGAACUAUGAGCAGUCUCAAAUGAUUCAGAAAUUUGUGACAGAAAUGCAGAGUCUACAAGAAGAGCUUCAAAAUGUGGCAAAGAGUCAGCUUGAGUCAGCAUCCCUCCACAAACAGCAAGAAUUUCAGUUGAAGAAAGAACAUAAGCUAAGUCAAGAGUUGAGGAGUAAGUGUCAGACUCUUGAAGCAAAAGUAAGAAGUUUACAAAUUUGCAAGGAAGUAACUGAGCAGAAACUGAAGGAAGCUGGUUUGGAGUCACAACAGGUUAGUGCAAACCUAGAAGAGGCACAUCAGUGGUUUAAGUCCAAAUUUGAUAGUUUGCAAAUAGAACUAUUGAAAAUGCGUGAAAUGGAUCUAUCAAAAGAAGAGUUAUGUGACAGAGACAAUUUAAUGAAAACUGGCACAGAAAUGUUUUCAAGGUCAAGACAAAGAGCAAAGGACAUGAAGGUGACAACGUUUAAAAUUCCUAGUCCAUCCAGUCUCAGUCGUUGGGAAACUAAACAGGAAUUGAAAUUUCUUUCCAGAAAAUAUAGUGCUGACAUGCCUAAAUGAUGAUUGCAAAAUUGAGUCAUUUCAAGUCCAAAUGAAAUUCAGACAACGUGCAUUGUUUCAUGCAGUAAAGUACUGAAAUACAUUUCAGAUGAAAAUCAAGCUGCCAACUUUUUUGAGGCGCAGUCUGGUGAGUCAAAUUUGUGGGCAGCAUGCCCGAUUAACUCAACAGAGGUCGAUCUGACCCUGUGCCCUUGCUGCACAUUCACAAAUGAAGAUAUUUCUUCGAGACUUGCAAAAUAAAACAUUUUGAAGAGCUGCUUAAUUAUGUUAAAUUCAUAGAAGACUUGAUGUCAUAUUUUUUGCAGUUUCAGCAUUGAUGCAACCAAAAAGAAAAAGAACAUUUUCAAACAUUGUGGUGAUGACUACAGUACUUAGUGGAGAACUUCAAAUGCUGGAAAUCUAAAAUCGAAAUUCUGCACAUGGGAAAUAUACAGCUAUCAAUCAAUAUCUGUGAGAAAAACAGCUUUACAUUUCUUGUAAGUCCCUGCGUCAAAAGUGGCACAAUGAAAUAAGUAAUUCCCUUUCUGAGGACUUAUCAAAGCAAAGAAGGGAGAAUAUUCAACUAUUCUGAGAUAGCAUAUUGAAGAACAGAGCAUCUAACUUCAUGACAUAUCUCCAUUUUCCAUCAACUACAUUUUUAAGUUUUCAAGCAAAUAGACAGAAGUGAACACAUUGACUUUUGGAACGUUCGAUUUUCAUCUUCAUCAGAUUACAUGUUAGAAUGAAUGAACCACUCCCCUGCUUCAGAACCUGACCAGCUGGUGUCUGUCUUGCCACAGCAACAUGUACUUCUACCUACAAGUUGUACUGUGGAGCUAUGUUUCCACUUGGCUAAUCGAG